AUCAAAAAUAACAUCAACAAUCAUCUACUCUACUCUUCUCUUCUCUCUAUCCCAAUCAACCACUCAAAAUGAAGUUCUCCCUCUCCAUGGUCGUGGCUUCUGCCGCCGUCGCCUCCGCUGCCAGCGUCGCCCCCUCUCCCUCUGGCUCGCCUGAGAUCGCCAACCUCUUCGACAUCCCCAAGAGCUGCCUCGAGAUCCCCCAAGUGGUCGGCGACAAGCCCCUCAAGCUCAUGCACUACUUCCACACCCAGGUCUGCGAGAAGAACUGCUCCGCCACCAUCAACGAGCACAACCAGUACCUCGAGACCUCUGUCUACCCCCAGAUCAUGCAGGACGUGAACCAGAAGCUCGGUGUCUCCGCCAGCGACCAGAAGCUGUUCAACCAGACCCACACUGAGAUCGUCGCCGCCGUCAAGAAGAGCUGCUCUUCCCAGGGCGAGAAGCCCCUCUGCAACGACCUCCAGGGUGCCUUCAACUGGGGUACCUGUGCCUUCAAGGCUUACCAGCCCAUCAUCGAGAAGCACAUCAAGGAUCUCUCCGGCGCUGUCAAGCUGUCUGAUGAGAAGUGCGAGAAGGUCAAGGAGCUCGACUCUGACCAGGCCAUCUGGCAGAAGACUCUUCCUGGCUACAUUGACAACUUCGCCAAGCAGUGCGCCAAGGAGAACUAG